CAGUUCGGCACGAAGCGCUACUGGGACGACAUGUACGACGGCCGCGGCGACUUCUCGGGCGAGGAGUACAGCUGGUACUACGGAUGGGACGUCGUCGGCCCCGUCUGGGAGCGCUUCGUCCCGGACAGGGCGUCGCGCGUGCUCCUGCCCGGCGCGGGCAACGACCCGACGCUGCGGUCGCUGCACGCCGCCGGCUGGAGGGACCUGCGCGCCGUCGACUACAGCGCCGCGGCCGUCGAGCGGCUCCGGGAGCUGCUCUGGGACCUGGACGUCGACGCGGACGUCGGCGACCUCCGCGGCCUCGCGUUCGAGGCGCGCAGCUUCGACGCGGCGCUGGAGAAGGGCGCGCUCGACGCGGUC